GGAACGGCCUACGAGUAUCGCGGAGAAGAGGAGAUUAAGGGACCGUCAGCAAGCUGAUAUAAAAUACUUAUCUGAAUGGAAGCCGUGGAAAAGAACUAGCAGUAGAUCACUGAAAAAAGUUCUCAGUGAAGUCAAGGGAUUGUUCUCUUACUUGGAACUUUGGCGGCAUGAUAUUCACAGCAUAGAAGGGAAGUUUGGUACUGGCAUCCAGUCUUACUUCUCCUUCCUGCGUUUUCUGGUCCUGCUAAAUUUUAUAAUUUUUAUCCUGAUGUUCAGUUUGGUUACCCUUCCCAGCAUCAUUUCUAAAUAUGGAAUAUUCAACAGUACCUUUGCUAAAAUUCCUCCAAAGAACAUAGAGUCUUUCUGCACAGUUUAUGAACCUAGUGGUAAUAAGGGACUUGUUUACUUCUAUACUUACCUCAAAGACUUGCUUAGUGGCACUGGGUUCCUUGAAGUAACAAGUUUGUUUUAUGGGUAUUACACAAUAGAUGCUGCAUGGAUCAGUGUCAUGAGGUACAACUUGCCACUGGCAUAUCUGCUGGCAACAUUUGCCUACCUUGCAUUAAGUUUCCUAUGGAUAAUAAAAAGGUCUGUGGAAGGAUUUAAGCAGAACUUGGUGCAUGGUGAGGAUCAAUUUCAGAGUUACUGUAACAAAGUCUUUGCAGGCUGGGAUUUCUGCAUUACAGACCCAAAUGCAGCACAGCUGAAACAUCGCAGCUUGCUCUAUGAGCUCCAA